AUGAUAAAAGAUUCAAUUGAUCUAUAUAUUAUUUCCCUUAAAGAUUUUGCUAUUUAAAAAGGUUAACUAGAUUAGCAAUAAGUUGUUAUUUCCUUUUUUGUUUCUUCUGAUGACUCUUGGAUUUGUUUAAACUAAGAUGCAGUCGGUAUAAUAUUUUACUAAAUUAUCUCUUUAGGCUAGAAUUAAAUUUCGUUGAGACUUGCUUGCACAAAUACGUUGGUUAAUUACUAUAAUUAUUUACUAAUUAAAAAUGGUUCUAUACUUAUUACUAUAAACUAUUGGAUUGGUUUUUCAAUUUUUGACAUAACUGAAUUAGCUAAAUAAAUAGAUUCAGGAUAAAGUAACAUUGAAAUGACUUCUCUACUUUAAAAUUGGUGGAUUGAUUCUACUUAUGCUCCUUAUUCUAAUGCUCUUGAAAUAAAUUAAGAAGAAACAUUCCUUUUUGUAGCUUUUAGAUCAGUUGGAUUUUAUAUUUUUGACAUAUAAAAUCCUUCAUAACCUUAAGUAGUUUAGCUCAUUUAGAUAUAAGAAGAUAUAAUUUAAAUUAUAUAAUCUUAUAAAAAUCCCUAUGUUUAUAUUUAAACUAAAAAAAGGAUUCUGGUCUAUAAAAAAGUAAAAGCUAAUUUUCAAAACAAAUACCCAAAUUUGUUUAACAAGCAUGCAUCAAUUUUAUCAACUGUAAUUGAUACAUCUCAAACCAAACAAAUAAAAUUACUUCCAGAUAAUUCACAUAUGAUAGUUUGUUGCUCAAGUUAUGGGUUGAAUGUAUUAAAGUUAAAUUUAAAUUCUAUACUUUAACCUUUAGAAAUUGUAAGUUAGAUUAAUUAUUCUAAUAAAUUUGAUAGUUUUUUGAUAUUUUCGAAUGGUUAAUUGUUAAUUUUAUCUGUUCAAGAUCCAAAUGGUUUUUAUUUUGAUAUCUACAAUCUAAGUAAUUUAAUUUCUCCUCAAAGAGUGGAUAGAAUUCUUUUGGACUAUAAGGACAUAAAUUCAAUAACCUUAAGUAAAGACGAAACACUGUUUAUAUUUUAAAGUGGUAAUAACAUAGUGUUCUAUGAAGUAUCUAGCAUAUAAUUUAAAUAUCUGAAUACAUUCAAUAUUAAUUCCUCUCCUAUCGUAAAAUAGAGUUCAAUUGUUAUUUUAAAUGGAUUCCCUUAUAUUUUAGUUUUAAUUUAAGAGUAGUCAAUAACAGCCAUACAAAUUAGUAAUUUUAAUAAACCUUAAAUUAGUAGUGUAUAAGAGUCACUCGGUGCUGUCUAUGGUAUAUAAGGAACAUAUUAAAGCCAUUUCUGUUUUAUAGCUGAUGGUUAAUAAGGUAUUUCAAUUAUUGAUCUUCGCGAAUUACCAAAUAUUGUAAUUAUGACAAAGAUAUCUUUAAAUGGAUAUUAGGUGAAUUUAAGCCUUUUAUAAAAUGAUAAUUAUAUUAUUUCUAGCUAACAAAGUGGAGGUUAAAUAUAAUUGAUUAAUAUAUUUAAUAUAAAUGAGCCUUAUAUUAUGAGCUAAACUUAAUUUGAAAAUGAAUCAUCUAUAGCUACUGAAAUCAGCCAAGAUUUAAAUCAUUUAUUAAUAUUAAACUCCCAAGGAAUUAGGAUAUUACCUAUUAAAACUAGCUUUCUUAUAAAUUUUGAAUUUUCUUUAUUACAAAAUACAAACUCUGGUUAAUAACAAUAAACAAUGUAAAGUACUGAGAAUCUUAUCUUAGAAGUAGGCUAAAAUUUAAUUGUUACCUUGACUUCUAUCUAUCCUCAAAAAAAUGCAACAAUUACAAACGCAUAUUUUGCCCAAAAAAAUAAAUUGUAAACUCUUCCUUCUUGGCUUUCUUUUGAUAACCAUUUAAAUUAGCUAUAGAUAAAUGUAACAAAAGAAAGUUUAACUGGGUUAAUUCAAAAUAAUAAUACAAAUAUAUAGAUAAAAUUUAAUAAUGUUGUUUUUGUUACUAAAGUAUAGCUUACAGAAACAUCAUUUAUAUAUUAAGAUAAUAAUACUGGCUCUUACAUAAUUACUGAUGUAUAAAAGUAGCGUUGUUUAUUCACCUCUAAAGUUAUUGCUUUAAAAUUCUUUGAAUCAAGCAUGUCAAUUUAAAUCGACAAAAUGAGUGGAAAAUUUGUUUUAAAAAAUUAUCCUGGAGUAAUAACCUUAUUUUCGAAAGAAUAAGAUAUGCUACAAUUGCAAGGUGACAUUACUUAUUUAAAUCAGAUUCUAACUCAAUAGAUUUAGGUUUAUUUUUAUAGCAAUACAUACACUAAAAGCAAAGUAGAAAUUUAAAGCACUUAAUCUCUUUAAGCUUAAGUAAAUAGAAUUUUCUCUGAUUCUAUCAUCUACAUUGAUACUUUAAAUACAAUCUAAUUUUCUUUCAACACAUAUGAAUAUACAGAUUUUAAAGACCUCACUUUUUAAGCCUUUGAAAUUAAAGGAGAUAAUUUAGUACCUGUAAGUGCUUAAACAGAUCAAAUAAGUUUCUUUCCUUAACAAUUAAUGUUUGUAAUUAAACCUCAAAUAUCUGACUAUAGUAAUUAAUUUUGCUUUAUUGUGAAUACUACAGAUUCAUACUCAUGGGUUCAUGAUCAAUUUUGUGUUAAAGCAAAUGGUAUAUCUAUGGUACUAUUUUUAAACUGGGUGUUUAAAUAUUUAGGAUCUACUUUAUUCUUUUUAGGAUUGUUAAAAUACUGGUAUCUUCUUUUCAACUUAAUAUUUGCUAAGAAAAAUAAGUACAAAGAAGUUUAACUAGCUUCAGGCUAAGAAUUUAUUUAAAAAAUAAUCUUAGUGACUAUGAAGAAUUCAAUUAAUAUGUUAAUCCUCAAAACUUGA